AUGCCGGACAGUGAUGAUAACGAGGGCAAAACAAGAACCACCAGGUAUACCAGAAACAAAGAUACCCCGAGGACGGGAUAUCGCGAUAAAACACAGCCACGCCAGACCGAACGAGGAAGAAACCUUGCGGCAAUCACGGCGAACGGCGAAAAACAACACGGAGAGGAAACCGAAGAACAAUCUUCGGAGGAGAGCGAGCAAGAGUGCUGUGCAAUAAUGCGACAGCCGGAGCAAAGGGAGCCGGGCGUCCCAAAAGUCAAAAAUGACGGGGAGCCAAACGAUCCGAAACUCAGAGAUGACGGGGAGCCGAACAUCCGGAAGACCAAGGAUGACGGGGAGCAGAUCAUCAAGGAAGAAUCAGCGAAAGCGAUGAAUGCCAUGUACGUCAACACAGACGACAGUGACUAUGUGCCACCGAGUCCUGAAAUAGUGCCGAGAAAAUCGAAGCCGCGAGCGAACCGAAACGAGGUGAACUACCGUGAAACCGACAGUGAUAACGAAUCCGUAACAAUCGUCGGUCCGACGAAGAAAGUGACACCGAAAAGUGACGACAGUUGCGAAAGAUCGAGUAAAUGCACGGGAAAACGCGUGAAAUUCGAUGAUAAAAACGCGUCGCGUGAUGAAUCGCGUCAAGCGAACCGGCAAGUGCGAGCAAAAACAGUCACGCGAAAUACGACCAACGAGGAGUCCAAAUACGAAAGUGCGGGCAAGCGGAAGGAGAACGGGGCGAAGAAGACACCACGAUCGUCGAGACGAGUGAUAUCACCAAGAAAAAGGCGCGUGAGACACUUUCGAAAAGCGACGAGGCACGGAGAACACAAUUGUAUACGAUACGGUGUUACACCACACGAGCGCCAACAUAGCGUGAGUGCUGAUUGUGAAAAAGCGAACAAAAAAAAAGACAUUGCCUGUCGAAAAGCGCUGAGCGAGACGAGUAAAACGAGCACCCACACGAGGGGUAUACGAGAAAGUUUUUUCGGUGCGAAUUUCGACAAGUGGGGCGAGAGCGACGGUCGACUGCGCAGGUGCGACGUAAGAGUGGGGAUAAACCACGCAGACGCACGAGUGGGGCAGGAGCGACGAUCCGCAGAGCCCAUUAGCUUCACAGCUAGCAGUGAGAGCAGAUCGAUUGCGACUUCGAUGAUGGAAGGAGAUAUGAACAACCGACCAGUCGAAGUAGUUGAACAGUUGCCGAUGGAUGUCGGGGAGGUGGAGAAUCAACAACCACCCAUGAUACCCAACCCACCCGAGUUGAUCGAUAACCAGCCGACGGGGAUGGUGGACGACGACGAGCGGGAACCAGCCGAGGUAGAGAUCAUCCAGGUGAUCGAAGCCAAGGAGGACAAACCCAAGCCGAAGAUAGAAUCGACAGGAGCAGAACUACCUGAAGACGAACUACAGCAGCCGAGCGGCAGCAACCGAGGCGGAAUUAUGAUAGAACAACCCCAGCCGAGCACUAGUCGGGGAACAACCGCAAAAAUACGAGCCUCAAUGACACAGCGGGGACAAGAGGUUAACUACGCAGAGAUGGAAGAGUCAGAGCUGCUGAAGCACAUAGCUUGCGGUCUCGCUGAAGUAAAGAAACGGCGAGAAUAUCAACAAUACCGAUACGCCAUGGAGGGACAAGCAAGAAUGGUAGACGAGUAUCUGGCAAAUACACCACCUGCGCCAGACCUUGCAACACCCGAACUAUGCGAGCUCAGGAACCAAGUGCGGAAGGUUAUCCAAGAGUUGGAGAAGAAUGAAAUUUGCCGCCGACGACAAGUUCAAAUGGUAGAGAAUUUCCGCGUACCUGAUCCGACCAACGACGGGGACCAAGCAUUGGUCACAUUGCUGGCCUCAGUAGAGUGGGGAUGCGCGAAGGAAGAGGAACGACGGCCCUUUAAAAUCAUGCUGGAAUUUAAUCCUGACGGGGCGUACGUCGAGACAUGCACGGCAGAACAUAAUGAGGAACGGGCCCGGCAACCCACACAAAAGGACGACGGGACUAAACAAUCAACCGCGACGGGCAAAUCAACGCCGAAACAAAAGGUUGAGGAAAAGAGAUACGAGGCCCAGCCUAAAGGAAUGGAUGACAGCGACGCCGAAAUCCAAUCAAUUUCGAGCGAAGCCCUUAAGAAAAGGCCACCCACACCGGGAGCGACACUUAUGCAAUCGAGCAGCCGCCCCGAGAAACGUUCCCAACCGGAGGGGAAAGACGCUACGGAAACAGCGAGCAUGUAUACGAUACAGAUAGACUCAGUAUCCGAGGCGGAGACAGUGAUAGUACCACCGAGGGCCACAGCGUCAAACACGUUCCAGCACCCGACGAAACCGAAGGAGCAGAUCGUGAUAGGGGUGAGCGAGCGGAAAGCAGCGAAAACGGCCAACGAGCGCAAUCGCGAGCUCCAAGAAGCGGAGAGACGCGGGACAAAGCGCGAGAAGACGGACCGUCAACGACGCCGCGAUGAAGACAAGCGCCGCGCCAGAGCGAAGCGCCACAAUCGCGAGGAGAAACGAAGCUUGACGCGGGACGAGACUUCCGGCGCCAAGCUGACGGGGAGAAUGCGACCGGGCACUUCCCUACAGCCGCGUCGCCUGAUUAAACAAUCACCCCGGGUAAUACUGCGCAGGUUACCAGAUGCGGAGCCACGCGCGGCACAAGAAGAACGAGCGGUGGAAGGAGCGCAGCCGCCUCAUGCAGACCCGGCAGCGACAUCCGUGCCGAGGGAGACCGAACUCCCAUGCAUGCCGCCCACGCCGUUGAUGUCGGCACUACAGUUGCCUGUAAUGACUCCCGCGCUUCCUCCGCUUACAGACUCGAUCGCGGAAUUCAUAAAUUAUAAGUUCCCGAUCGGUCCGGUGGAACAGCCUUCCGACGACUUCGAGUCGCCGUCGGGAGAAAGUGAGAGCGAGGAUGACGAGGCCUAG